UUUCCCAAAAUCACGCAUGCGCUCAGUGGACAACAGACUCUGCAGGAUCGGCGGUGGGUUGGAGUCGGGUUUCAUCAUCACCGGUGUUCACACCACGACUGCGGGACAAUUGUUACGAACUCCGGACACACCGUGGAUCCGCACCCCAGCACGUUUCGGUCCUUUCCCUCUCUGACAGCCCCACGAUCCCCACAGGGGCUCCGGGAAGUUUUCCGUGAAUAAGCGAAGACGUGGCGCAAUUUGCAUAGCGCAUCAUGCGCAUGGCCGGGACCGUGAUGGACAGAUGGGCCUCGUUCAGAAUUAGGUUUCAUAUCACCGGUAAUGUCGUGAAAUUUGUCUUUGCGGCAGCGGAACAAUGCAGUGCAUUAAUAAAAACAAAUUGCAGAGAUGAAGAAGUGUCUCAUCCCAGUUGUAAAAGCGCUUUGUGUCUGAAAUGAAGUUUUCGGUUUGAACUCAGUGAGUCCACUGGAACUGGGGUGCUGAGAACACACCAGCAUUUGUUGAUCUGUUCUGUCUGCAAGAAGCCAUUUAUUCUGUCAUCCAAGCUGAUCAUACAACAGAAAUUUCACAGCAGUGAGAGGCCGUUCACUUGCUCCGUGUCUAGGAAGAGAUUCACUUACUCAGUUGAUCCACAGACACACCAGUGAGUUGACAAGGAAAGAGACUGUUCAAUAGUUCUACGUAUGGGAAGAGAUUUACUCGAUAAGCUGAUCUGCUGACACAUGAGCAAGUUCUCACUGGGGAGAGGCUGUUCAUCUGUUCAGACUGGGAAGUGAUUCACUCAGUCAUCCCAUUUACAGGCACAUCAGUGAGUACACACAACAGAGAGACUGUUCAACAGCUCAGACUGGGAUUCAAUCAGUUAUCCUACUUACAGACACAACAGUUGGUUUACACUGGGGAAAUGAUGUUUGCCUGCUCAGGCAGUGGAAAGGGAUUCAAUCAAUCAUUUGACCUACUGGGGCACCAGCGAUUUCAUACUGUGGAGAGGCCAUUCACCUGCUCAGACUGUGGGAAGGGAUUCAUUCAUUCAUCUCACUUGAAGGAACAUCAGCGAGUUCACACUGUGGAGAGGCCAUUCACCUGCUCUGACUGUGGGAAGGGAUUCACUCGAUCAUCUUACCUGAAGCAACACUUGCGGGUUCACACUGGAGAGAGGCCAUUCACCUGCUCUGAGUGUGGAAAGGGAUUUUCUCAGUCAUGCAACCUUGUGACACACUAUCAAGUUCACACUGCAGAGAGGCCGUUCACAUGCUCUGAAUGUGGGAAGGGAUUUACUCAGUCAUCUCAAUUGAAGAUACAUCAGCGAGUUCACACUGGAGAAAGGCCGUUCACCUGCUCAGACUGUGGGAAGGGAUUCACUCAGUUACCUAACCUACAGGCACACCAGCGAGUUCACACCGGGGAGAAACCAUUCACAUGUCCAGACUGUGGGAAGGGAUUCACUCAGUUAUCUAACUUACUGGCACACCAGCGAGUUCACACUGGGGAGAAGCCAUUUACCUGCUCACACUGUGGGAAGGGAUUCAGUCACUCAUUUCACCUGAAGGAGCAUCAGGGAGUUCACACUGGAGAGAGAUCAUUCACGUGCUCAGACUGUGGGAAGGGAUUCACUCAGUUAUCUAACUUACUGGCACACCAGCGAGUUCACACUGGGGAGAAACCAUUCACCUGCUCAGACUGUGGGAAGGGAUUCAUUCGAUCAUCUUACCUUAAGCAACAUCAGCGAAUUCACACUGGAGAGAGGCCAUUCACCUGCUCUGAAUGUGGGAAGGGAUUUUCUCAGUCAUGCAACCUUGUCGCACACUAUCAAGUUCACACUGUGGAGAGGCCAUUCACCUGUUCUGAAUGUGGGAAGAGGUUCAAUCAUUCAUCCAACCUUCGGAAGCACUACGGACUUCACACUGGGGAGAAGGUUUAAAUAAACUGCAUGCUGGAUAUUUAACACAGUUACCAGAUCCAGAGGAAGUUCACAAGUGGUGUCAAACUCUGUAAUUAUUGCUGCUGCUCAUCACACCCAGUUCUGCACCCAGUUCACUGGGCAUGGGAGCAGUUUCUUCUGAUGUUCACAUUUAAUGGGACUGGAGUUUAAUAUUCUGGAUCUGUGACAAAUAAAUCAGUUUUAUUUUAA